CACCAUGCUGGUACAGUAACAUGGCGGUCUGAUGUAAGCAGAAUGUGAGUUUCAGUAACCGGAAUCGGUGGAAACAACGCGGGUGAUGAUUAUAUAUUUUCCCGCUGAAGAAAGAAUAACGACCGGGUCCAUACGUCCGGUAUGUCUCCAUAGGUCCGGUGAUAUUUCUCGGUGUCGUUCCCGGUAGCAGAGUUUGGGAUUCGAUCCCGAGUGGCCAGAUUCUAGCCUCCCGGAUUCGGUACGAGGCUUUUCAGCCUUCGCCACCGCGGAGGGAGCCCCGAUUGAACGCUGGCAGUAAAGCCAGUAGAGAGUGAGAGGGAUCUCUCUCCAUACAUGAGGAACUUCUGACAAGACCACCGCAGCACAAGAAACCCAGGUCUUAUGGAUCCUAUUGACUCUGGACAAGGGCAAGAGAAGCCGUCAGAUCAGUGUUGUGACUUAUCACCUCGCUCCAAAGGACGUCAGCGGAGGAAAAAUCCAAAAUAUCUCAAUUAUGAAACUGACGGCAUGUUCGAUGAGCAAAAUUCGGAGCCAAAACCAGGCAGAAGGAGCGGUCGAAGAGGAGCCGCUUCUAAAAAGACUGAAGAAGAACCUGACGAAGAUGCACAGGAAACUCCUAAAAAGGCCGGGAGGGCCAAGAAGACCCCGACAAAAAGGACUCCAGCCAGAAAGACUCCCGCCAAAAAAACUCCCGCCAAAAAGACUCCUGCCAAAAAGACUCCUGCCAAAAAGACUCCCGCUAAGAAAACUCCAACACCUGACGGGGAGCUCCCAGCUGGUGAGGACGGCGUUGUAGUUGCUGUGACGCAGGAAAACGGGACGCCAAAGCCGAAGAGACAGUAUGUGAGGAGGCGGCCUUUAAAGGUAGAGGAACCGGUUCCAGAACCACCUGAGGAGGCUCCGGCUGAGCCCGAGGAGGAGACGACACCGGGGGGGCGCCGCAGGAGAGGAGCUGCUAAAGCGGCGUUGAAGUACCUCCACAUUUUGGCCAAAGAAGUGUUCAGUCAUGCCGGGGAUGAGUCGGGCUCCCAGGCAGAGGACAACAGUGAGAUCAGCCGCACAGACGGAGACUCGGUCACAAAGCGGAAAAGUCUCAAAGGAGGCAAAGGACAUAAAGGGCGAAAAAGGAAACGCUGCCAGUCUGACAGUGAUGCUGCAGAGGACGAGGACUUUGUUCCAGACGCUGAGGAGGAGGAGGAGCUGGAGGAGAUGGAAGAUGAAGAAGAGGGGGAGGAGGAGGACUUCGACCUUAAGACGAGCGGAAGAGGUCCAGCAAGUUUUCACGUUAACAGGACAUAUCAGGCCGGCUCACAUGUCAGGACCCCCAACGGGCUCAACGUCAGCGUCAUGAAAGUGGUUUGGGAAGCCACUGACACCACCAAGAAAUUCCGAGAGGAGCACUACAGCAGCUGGGUGUUCCCUGAGUGGGUCCCCUCCACCAGCGCCUGGACCCUCGUCCCACAGAGCGAUCUGGAGAAGUACCUGCCUCAGGAGCUUCAGUCAGCAGCUUUCAGAGUGUCCAGAGAAGGCCUCAGUAAGGAGGAGACGCCUCUGCAGAGACUCAGCAGGUUCACAGCAGUGCCUGCCCACCCGGACCGCUGGGACAUGCUGCUGUAUACAGGAGGACCGAUCUGGUCCAUGGAGUGGUGUCCCACCCCCGACGGUGCUCCGGCCUCUCAGUACGUGGCUCUGGCCUGCCAUCGAGGGAUGGACGACCAGCACUACGCCAACAAGACCUACAGCGGAGCUGGACUGGUGCAGCUGUGGGACCUGAGCACGCUGGAGUACAACAGCAGACCUGACUCCCAGCCAGCUCUAGCCUACGGCCUGGCCCAGGACAAAGGCUUCAUCUGGCAGCUGAAGUGGUGUCCUGCAGGAGGCUGGGAGCUGCCCACCUCUGGCAGGAAGGCUCCCUUCCUGCCCAGACUGGGUCUCCUGGCGGUGGCCACCUCCACCGGUGUGGUCACCAUCUACAGCCUGCCUCACCCAGACGCUCUGCAACUGCACUCCAACAAGAAGCAAACUAACUCUGGAAAAGACAGCCAACAGUUGCCCAUAUAUAAGGCAAACGGAGUGUUAACACUGAAGCUGGGCUCCUUCAAAGCCCCUCGCCAUGAACGCAGUGGACAAGUGCUGUCUAUGGAUUGGCUGCCUGAAAAACCACACAAUAUAAUGGCUAUUGGAUUUUAUGAUGGUAACGUGGGUCUGUGGGAUCUGUCCACCAAGUCUGCACUGCUGCGAGUACGAGAGCCGGACGGGUCUCUCAGCCUGCUGCCAUAUCGAUGCCUCCUGGCUCACGACCACGGCGUCCGGGCCCUGUCCUUCUGUCCCGCCUCCAGACACCUGUUGGUGACGGCAGGAGAGGACCGCUACGUGAAGACCUGGGACCUGAGGAGGCCCUAUGAUCCCAUCACUGUUCAGAAACGCUACCUGACCAACGAGAUCUACUGGCCACUGAAUGCACCUGGCCUCAUGCUGGCCCAGGAGAAUGCCUACUCAGCGUACGGUUCACAAGGACUGCAUUACUUUGACCAUUACAUGCGCGCCAUCUUUGCAAUUCCUAGGACAGGAACUCUGUGGUCCAUUUCUUACACUGACUGGAUGAACUGUGUGGUGACAGCAGACUGUUUUGGCGAGGUGAUCUUCUCCCUCUUACCUCAGAUCGGAUACGCUCCUCAAUACGUCAAACGCACUUUAGAGAGACGUUUCCCCAUCUACCUCACAUCUCUGGUGCCUAAUGAUACAGCUGAGGAUGUAAAUCAGGAGGUGGGAGGAGGAGGGGAGGAGAACGGAGAUGGUGCUGAGGAGCAGCAGGAAGGAGAGACGGAGGGGCCGGAUGGUGGAUCUGAAGGAGGGACCGAGAUCGAUAAUGAGAGCGGAGGAGAUAGAGGAAGAGCUACGAAGGAUAAAAGUCCCCCUGUGAGGUUCCAGACGUACAGAGAGGCUGUGAAGAAAUACACCAUCCACCACACAGACAGCGACCUGCGGACGUUUGCAGGAAGUGAGAAGCGAGCUCUGUGGAAACGCAUGAGAGCCACUGAGAUGAAGACAAAGUUGAACUUGGAUGAUCUGCCACUAGCUGCACUACACAAGAUCCGCUUCAACCCCAACAUGCGCUGCCACACCUGGCUGGUGUGCGGAGGCCAGACGGGGCUGGUCAGACUCAUCUGUCUGAGGACGAUGAUCAGCUCUCACGCCCAGAAGAUCAUCAGCGAGCACCAGGAGCAGUUUAACGAACUCUACUCCCCCAAAGAGCAGCAGGAGGCCGUCCGGACGGUCACCGACCAGCUAUAGCAGAAUCACAAGGUGGAACACUAAAACACGAGAGACCGAAACAAAGUAUUUUUAUGAUAAAAAAACAAUAUUUCAUCAGCACAUUCAGUAUACUGCUGUUUUUCUACUGGGUUUGAUCAGCCAGGGAUGGUUGUGUCGGGGCAGUUUUCUGUUCAAUAACACUCUUUCAUGAACUCUGAACAUGUUCUUGAAACCUCCACGCUCUAAAAGUCACGUUUCCACUCAGCUAAACACCUUUUUGCUUCCCACACGGACAUCUCAUUGUUAUCAAACCUGGCAGUUUAUUUGCUUCCAAGAAGUUUGAGCAGCUGGCGGUUUAGUGCCUCGCUUUAAACACACCUCAUGAGCAGUUUCCACCUAAUGAUUAUUGAUUCUGAGUCGAGUUUUUAGGUUGCUCCAGUUUCUCUUAGUUGGCAGAUAAACUGUAAAUGGCAGUGAAUCUAUUUGUUGACAACAGGCCAAGGUAACAUUAAAAAUAAAAUUAAAGUCAUCAGCUGCAUCCACUGCUAUAACUUUAACUUUGUGAUCAAUACCUGCAGCUUUUUAAUUGACAACAACAACAAAAAUUCUUGUUUUUUUUCUGUCUUCUGGUGGUUAUAUGUGUCCUCAGUGAUGCAUAAAUGCACUGUGACAUCACUGUGAGGUCGGUUACAGCUGCAACAAACAUGAACCUUUUGUUUGGUUUCUAAACAAGUGAAAACAUUCAAAAUAUGGACACAAUUUUUCCUAUUUUUUCCGCUUAUGUCAGUUUGAUAACUCUUUAUUUUCCUGUGUGUCAACAAUUGUUUCUUGAGUUGCAAAAUGUGAGAAACUGGGUAAACUAAAAACUUGUUAUUUUAGCAAAGUUUUGAUUUUGUUAAGCAGCAAAACAUUCCACUGCAGUUUUUGUUGAUUUGUGUAUUUCCACCAACAAUAACAGCAGCAUCGUACUUCAACUCAUUGUAACGAUUAUUGUCUACAGCACAACAAUCAUUACAAUGAUUGAAACUAUUUUUAUUAGUUUGUUUUUUUAUAGUGCCUUAAAGAUACACUUCCCGAAUUUUUCUCUAAAAUCUCGUUCCACGUUUUAAAACUGUGCUGAGUUUCAAAACAUCACAUUUGUUCCUAUUCCUAUAUUUCAAGGAAUAGUUCACCCAAAAAUAAUUGAAACAGUUUAAACAGUUCUCACCUCCUUAGGCUCUCUAGUCCGAGAAUAUGUCUUCUUGAAAUUACAUUUAGGAGAGCAGAGUGUGCAAGAAAACAGACUUUGAUGGAAACUGAACAAAUGACAGCAAAAAGGUUAUAAAACAUGCAAAAAAUGUGUUCUUGGGAACCCAAACCCAGCAAUUUUUUGCUUGACUCUUGCACAAAUAGCUGCAUUUCUGAAUUAUCUUCCUGUGAAGGAGUUUGAAAAGGUUACGGAACAUUUUCCUGGGACCACAGACAGCGUAGUGAGGUGAGUUCUGUAUUUAUACUAAUUUAAUUUAAUGUAAUUUAAUUGCUUUUAGGUGAGCUGUUCCUUUAAUCUAAAUUCCGCUGCUGUGUUUUUUAAUUUUUUCCGUUUUUGUCUUUUAUCUUAAUAAUAAAAACUCAGGCUAUAACUGAGGGGAAAUACUUGAAAUAUUUUUUUAUUGUAACUCUGCUGGAUGUAAUGUUUAUAAACAACAAAUUUUAGGUAUUUUUUGUUGUUGUUUCUUUCCUUGUUAAACUUCUACUUCUUGUUAUUCUGCUGAUUCAAAGGUUUUCAUUCAUUAUUUAACCAGGACAGCUGCUGUAUUGUGACAUGACCUAAUUUAUUUUUUUAGCGUCUCCAAAACACGUUGGAACAUAUUAUUGUUUACAGACGCAGCUGUCUCUUUUUUAGAGGUUGUUUAAAACUCUAAGUUCAAUUAGGGGUCUUUGAAAAUUUUCCUUUUGUUUAGUUUUUUCCAAUUAUUUACAGCGACAGUUUCAGAAUGAAUGAUGAUGUUGUCAGUCAUGAAACAUGGUUCAUUUCUGAUAUAUUGUCAUUAAUGUGUAAAUCAUAAUAACUGUUAUGAAAGCAUCAACAUGUACAGCACUUGCUCUUUUGUUGUUUUGAAAUGGUACAUAAUAAUAAAUGUUUUUGUAAUAAAAAAAUA